CAGACAGACACCGGCUCAGUCGUCUGGUAGCGUUUGUGAGGAGUUUGAGGAAUUUGCGUGGUAUACAGUUUUUGUUUCACGAUACUCUGCAAUUUUGCACGCUUUUGUACUCACCAGAUAUAAGCACAACAGUUUUUAUUUUAGCUUAUUUACUGUCGUGACACAAUUUAUCAAAAAGAUCCCAGGAAUUCUGAAUUUCUUAGUGCGAAAGAUCUGAACGAUUUUAUUUUCUGAUUUGUUUAUAUUUUUAUAAAAAAGGUUUGCUCUAUACCCACUCGCUCAUCCCGAACCCUUGACUUAUUUGAAAGCAUCUGUGAUAUUUUUUACAUAUAAUUUUAAGUAAAGUAACAAAAAAUGAGAGACUUGAACGGUUGCGCUCACUCUACCAUUUCCUCCGAUGCCAUCUACAAGGAGGUCGUCGUCGUCGGUAAUGGACCAUCUGGCCUGGGCCUGUCAUACAUGCUGGCAGGAAACUGGCCCUACUACAAUAAUCUUGCCCACCCUGACGAGAUGUUGACUGCCCGUCUUCACUCUUCACGACACACUCGCUCUCUCAUUCACCAGGAUCUCAAGUUUUUAUCUCAGGGUCUAGAGGGACGCUCUAAUAACCCAGUAUCAGUGCUGGUGGACUGUCUAACUCACCCAGGUGCUGAUGCAGGACUGGACACGCCACAACUGCUGAGGUGGCGCCCUCAUGCUGAUAAGGCUGUAGAUCACAUUGUAUUGGGCAAGGGUCCUCCUGGUGGUGCCUGGCAGGCAAUGGAUGGGAAUGUGUUGACGAUAAGUCUCAAUUCAUGGAUGGAACUCCCUGGAUUGGAGUUCCGGCGUUGGGAGGCUCGCAACGGCAGCCCCGUGACAUCCACUCGCCGUGUACCUGUGGCCUCAGUUGCUGCCUACUACAGAGACUAUGUUAGGCUCAUGAGACUCUCCAAGUACUUCCGCAGUGGAGUGGUUGUUACCUCUGUUCGCCCAAUUGGAGGGCUUGCCUCUCAGCCAGGGGAGAUUGACUCGGAGGCGGAGACUGCCACCUGUCACUGUCACUGUCACUGUCACAUGUCUGCGCGGUGGGCAGUGGAGGGCUACGACACAGUCACCAACGCACCAUUCUUAUAUGUCUGUCGCUCAGUCGUGCUGGCCACAGGCUCUACAGAUCUGCACAACUUUCUAAACGUUCCAGGAGAGCUCUCCCAUCCAUCCUGGGUCUUCCAUGAUCUUGCAGAUUUUGAAAAGGCAUUGAUUGAAUUGGUCAAGGAAAACCCAGGUAUUAAAGAAGGCUAUCGGACAGUGGAUCCAGUGUGUAUUGUGGGUGCUGGACUCAGUGCUGCAGAUGCAGUUCUCUCCUCGAGGUUUCAUUCACUCCCAAUCAUCCACAUCUUCAGGAGAGCUGAGGUCUCCCCGGAGAGGACUCUCCCCGAGAACAUGUAUCCUGAAUAUCACAAGGUUCACCAGAUGAUGAGAUCGGGUGGAGAGGGAUAUCCUGAGUACUCUGCAUUCCCUCAACACAAAGUGGUUGACAUCUCGGCAGGAGAUGGUAAGAAGGUGACUACUGUUUCCCCUAGUGGUCUACAAGUAGUACACCAGGUUAGCCUCAUGGCUGUACUCAUCGGUUCUCGACCCGACCUCUCCUUCCUGCCUCCAGAGUUUCAGGAUGGCCAGACAUUGGCGGUGGACCCCGAGAGAACAUUAGACUGUCGGUCAAAUCCAAUCUCAGUGGAUCCCUGGUCUCACAGUGUGAGUGGGGCCCCGGUAGGGCUGUACGCUAUGGGACCACUCAGCGGGGAUAACUUUGUACGGUUCCUGUUGGGUGGGGCUCUCGCUAUCGCAAGUGACAUAUAUAGUGAGAGGAAGGAGCUGUCUCCUCCUCACUGCAUCUAACAUACAUGUAUGACAAUAGCAGCCUUCACCAACCCAGGCGUACAUUCACUGAUGUCACACUUGAAACUGAACAAUAAACAAUACAAACAGAGUUCAAUAUGGGUUCUUUUGAUUAUUCUCUCUUGUAGUUUGUACCGAGAUGAUUUACAAACACGUAUUUUAUAAAAUAAAUAUUAACAAUAGCUAAAAUUAAUAUAAAUUGUAACAUAAUAAAACAUUAGUUUAGUUUUUUGGUAGGGCUGUUUGUAUGAUAGUAGCAUUGUAAAUUUUUUCACUAAAUACUUUUAUUUAAAACUGAUUCCAAUUCAGUAACAAAACCCUUUGGACAUCCCAAGAAUUGAACCAGUGACUUUCUAGCUCGAAAGUGGUAUUUUUACAUAGGCAACAAAGCAAGCCUCAUAAGGAAGUACCAAAUCAUGAUCUCAUCCAAAUAGUACUUUGAAAAUUCUCUUCUGUUUUAGAAAGGACAACAUAGUUUUGUAUGUAAUUCACCUUAAAUUUAUUUUAAUCUUCUUAUAAUAAAAAAAAAUAGUAACCUUUUAUAAGUUCUUGCUCAGUGAAAUAGAUAUAUUCUUAUGAACUACGAAUUAAUCUCGUGCUUUUCUAAGAUAAUUUAUAAGCAUGUAUCUGUAAUUAAAAUAUCUCAAUAGUUUUAAAAUUUUAAUUUGAAAUAUUUUUUUAUAUCUAGGGAGGAAAAGUCAUUAAGUAAUCUUAUAACAAUGUUCACUUAUGUUUAACUAACUACACAACUUUCACAUGGCAAAAUCGUUUAGUUGAUACCUACCUACAAUACAUGUUAAACCAUUAAACUUUCUAAAUUCAUAGCUCAAAAAUUAAUUUAAUUUAAUUUUCAGUAAUGAAAAGGAAACUGAAAAUUUUAUUACAGAAUGAUUAGUUUCUUGUUACUAGAAAACAAUAAUAGUUUCUUUUGGCUUUCACCAAGUUUUGAGUGUGACUAAUUUGAAUGUACCAUUGUAAUCCUGUAAACUGUAUAUAAUAAUAUAGACUAGAUGUACAUAGUACCCCUCUUGCCUCUGUGAUAUAAACAAACUGACACGUUACAUUAAUGUUGUUUAAAAAGUCAUAUAAUAAUUUAUUGGUCUCUGUUAGGAUAACAUGACUAUUUGUUAGAGAUAAACUGAUUUGUUAUAUUUUUUAUCUUGUAAAUGUUUAUAUAAUUUUAAAAAUUGUUUCAAAAAAUGUUUUGGUGAUAUAAACUGCUUUAACAUCUGGGCACAUGACAAUAUAUAUAUUAUCUACUUGUAUUUCACUUUCAGAGCAAGGGUGAUGCUUAAUUGUAUUUUAAAUGCACAUAUAAUAUAAAUGCUUUAGAAUUUUGUUAUAUUUUAGUUUCCAAUAGCAAUUAAUAUAUAUUAUUAACAUUAUAAGUGAAGCAAACUUGAAAUAUGUGUAUACUUUAAAAUGUUUUUCCAAUACUAUAAAUGCUCCCAAUUAAUAUGCUAUGUUAUAAAAUACACAAUUUGUUGACAAUAAUUUUAAUGUUGUUUUCAAAUAGAAAUUCAUAAUUUUAAAUGCAAAACAAAUUCAGUACAAUGUAAUUUUUUAUUACAGUUCAUAUUAAAUCAUUAUAAAAAGCAGAUACUAAAUAUUUGCUCUCUAUUAAAUGACUUUUCAGUAUUUUUAGUAAUACAUAAUUUAAUAAUGAAAACAUAUUAGGAUUCAAUGUCUCUUUAUUUUAUCUUUUAAGAAACUAAUUUUAAACCACAUGAUCUGUUGUUGUACUCUGCUAAGGUUUAGUUGUUACAUACAAGCAAAUAAUGCAUACAAGUCAUAUUGUUGUUUUGUUAAGUUUUCAUUUAUAAGUAACUGGUUACUGUAAAUGUGUAAUUUUGUUUUCAUACAAAAAUACAAGAAGAUAUUUUAUGGAACUCAAUAUAUUAAGAGCAUUGUAAUUUAAAUAAACGCAUGGUUUACCCAUGUCUACAAAGUUUGUUUUAGAAAGAACAAAUAUUUCAAAUAACACUACUGACUUUAAUCUUUUAUACUCGUAUUACAAUAAUAUCUACUUGUUUUAAAUAUACAAAUAAAAAACCAACAAGAAUACAGAAUCUAUUAGUGCAUUUACAUAUGGUCUGAUAUAUGUGAGCUAGAGCAACAUUCCCAUAUAGUGCCCUGGAGCUUGUGAUAUGAUACUAGAUAGUCUGGAGUGGAGAUUAGCAUUUCAUUGUUUAAAUACUGAAGUAAUUUGUUUUAUUGUGUAGUCUAUGCUUUUUUAUUAUUAAAUUUUAUUUUUUUAACAGAAAA